GUCCUCGAAGAAAGAGUAAUCAAGAAGCAAACGAUUGACGAUGAGCAGCUCAAAAUCGAAACCAACAUCUAGUAACAAUAAACUAAAACAAUCCACACUUGGAGGUUUUUUCCAAAAAUCGGCCGCCCCAGUCAAGAGCUCAAAGCCAUUGUCGUCGGAUUCACGAGUGAACGACUUGAGUAGUGAUCCAGAUACCAAACACCCGACAACAGAAUCAAAUAAUGAUAAUGAGGAGGAAGAGGACGAUGGUGGGGUAGUCGAAAGGUCUCGCGCCGCUGCCCGGGGAAAACGCAAAAGCAUCGUGGUUGCCGGUAGCUCUAGUGAAGACGAGGUGACUUCAGCAUCUCGAUCUCGGGUGCCUGCAAGUAAAAAAGCACGUUACUCAUGUGCUUCCUCGGCUUCUGGUGCCUCGACGCCGAAAAGCUUUGGAGAUGGAUUUUCUAGCCACGCCAGUACUGCUGGUCCCAGUGAAGCUGAUGAUGAUGAGGUUGACGAUGAGGAUGAGGAGGACAAGCCUAGCUCAAAACCAAAGUCCAAAGCCUCGGCCGCCAAGUCCAACAAAUCAUCCUCCUCGAUUGCUAAAUCCAAGUUCGGUCAAUCUGCAACUAAUCCUGAUAAACCAAAGUCAGAGGCUACUGGCGAGGCUCCAUGGAAACAAGGACCUUGGGCUUUUCUUCGUGAUAUUAAAGACGCUGAUGGAAACCCAAUGGGAUCUCCAGAAUAUGAUCCAAGAACGUUGUUCAUCUCCAAAAAAGAUUGGGCUUCUAUGACUCCUUUCGAGGUUCAGUUUUGGGAAAUCAAACGAAGUAAAUUUGCCGAGCUUUACGAAGGAGACGCUUUGAUCGGACAUCAAGAAUUUGAUCUGAAGAUAACCAAACGUGUUAAAAUGUCUAUGGUUGGGGUACCCGAAACUUCGGUAGAUUUUUGGAUUGCAAAGUUUCUAGCAAAAGGCUACAAGGUCGGCAAAGUUGAUCAAUGCGAGACGGCCCUGGGUGCCGAGAUGAGGAACAAAGGUAGUUUGCCUACCUCCAAAUAUGCUAAACCACCACCACAACAAAAAGGAUCCGGAAAGGAAAUCGUCAGAAGAGAGUUGAGGAGCGUUGUCACCUCGGGCACAAUCGUCGAUGGUAAUAUUUUGACGGAUGAUUCAGCUACUUGCUUAUUAGCCAUUAAGGAAUCGACCAAUUCCGAUUUACCAGUUUUUGGUGUGAUCAUCAUGGACGCUGCCACGGCUGAAUUUAACUUGACCCAUUUUGAAGAUUCUGCAAAUAGAACUCAUCUCGAGACCAUUAUGAGUCGAUUCAAACCCAAAGAGAUCCUACACGAAAAAUCUGGUCUAUCACCGGCCACCUUACGUGUCCUACGGAACACAGCAUCUUCCGAUUGUACUUGGACGGCUCUCAAAAGCGACGAAUUUUUGGAACCGGACGAAUGUGUUUGCAGGUUGACUGAGUUGUUCCAAGAGUCCGGAGGCCAGAUUCCUCAAGUCUUCCAAUCUUUCAAUAACAAGCUGGAAACCAUGCAAGCUUUGGGCGGGUUGCUAUGGUACCUCAAGCAACUGAACCUCGACAAGGAUCUUUUGACUUGUAAGAAUGUCAAGGAGAUGGAUGCUUUUCGUUGUAGUAGAACGAUGCACCUGGACGGCAAGACUAUAUCUGAUCUCGAGCUUCUUCAAAGUGAUGGAAGCGAAGAAAGUCGACUGUUAAAACUGCUGAACCGAUGCGUGACCUCGUUUGGCAAACGUCUUUUUAGACAUUGGCUCUGCUCUCCGUUGCAGGAUGGUGACGCCAUUCGAGCUCGAUUGGAUGCGGUAGACUUCUUGAUGAACAACCCCUCUUUUGAGGAAAAGUUCAGUACUCUUUCGGGGCUGCCGGAUCUAGAGCGAUUGAUCAGUCGAGUUCACGCGGGUGCAUGCACGGUACCCAACUUCCUCAAGGUACUGAAAGCGUUCGAGAAGAUCUAUAGUACGAUCCAAGAGCUUCGUCAGCUCAUCGAUGAAACCCCGGCCAUGCUACUUAAAGAGUUGAUGGAUGCACUCCCAGAUACUGACAAGCUACUCCAGAACCUAGAAGACAUGUUCACUUUAAACGAUGAUCGUCGAGAGCUUUUGCCCCUCGAAGGAAAAGAUGAAUCUUAUGAUAUGGCUUUAGAGGAAGAAAGGGAGGCGGAAAAGGCGCUCAAGGCUGAAUUGAAGGCGGCCAAAAAAUUGCUCAAGACUGACGAUGUGGUGUAUAAGGAUAUCGGGAUUAAAGAUAUUUAUCAAAUUCAGGUCAGCGCUAAAGUCAAAGCACCCUCGAACUGGACGAAAAUGUCCGGAACCAAAGAUUGCGCGCGUUACUACAGCCCUCAAUCCGCACAACUAGUCAAAAAGCUCAAACAAGCCCGGGAGAAGAAGUCAUGUGCACUGAAGGAUUUUCACUUAAAGGUUUUCCUGGCAUUUGAUGAGAAUUAUCUGAUCUGGUUACAAGUUGUGAAGUCGGUUGCUCAAUUAGAUUGUGUGCUCUCGUUGGCGAAAGCGUCGAUUGGAUUGGGUGAAACGACGUGUCGGCCGAAGAUCGUCGAUUCUGAUGAAGCUAUGGUCAAGUUUGUUACGCUCCGACAUCCUUGUACUGUGGGCCGAGACGAUAGCGAUUUUAUCUCGAAUGAUGUCUCGGUGGGCGGAGAUGAGUGUCGGAUGAUCCUCCUCACCGGUCCUAACAUGGCCGGCAAAUCUACUUUGCUUAGAAUGACCUGUGUGGCGACUAUCUUGGCACAGAUUGGCUGCUACGUUCCCGCGGAAAGCGCAGUCAUCUCUCCGGUGGAUCGGAUCUGUACUCGUAUGGGCGCCAGUGAUCACAUUUUCGCGCAUGCUAGUACAUUCAAAGUUGAGAUGGAUGAUGCUCGUAAAAUCCUUAAGGAGGCUACCUCCAAAUCCCUAGUAAUCCUUGAUGAGCUGGGUAGAGGGACUAGUACAUUUGAUGGACAUGCGAUUGCGUUUGCCGUAUUGCAUCGACUAGCUACACACUCAAAUUGCUUGGGCUUCUUUGCUACUCAUUAUUCAGCACUAACAGAAGAUUUUCGAGCUCAUGCUAAUAUUGCUACCAAGUACAUGCUCACAAAUGUCGAUGAAGUCACUCGAGAGGUCGUGUUCCUUUACAAGCUUUCUUCGGGUGUCUCGCCUCGCUCUUAUGGACCUCAUGUAGCCAAGAUGGCAGGAAUCCCAAGUAAGAUUGUUCAACGAGCGAUCUCGAUCAGUGAGAAGUUUGAAAAAGAGACCAAAGAUCGAACAGAACUUUCGGCUAAACAGUCUAACCAUCGACUACUCAACUUAGUCUUACAAGCUGAUACCGCUUUCUUGAUCAAUCUCGUCAAGAAUGGUGGCUUCAAUCAACCCGCUUCGGUUAAAGAAAAUCUGAACACUAUCGACAGGAUCCUUCUUGGAAUUCAAAAGUUUCAGUUUCAUAAUUAA